AAAAACUAAAAAAUAUAUAUAAUAUACAUUGUCAUGCAAACUUCCACCGAAAAUUGGUUUGAACGAGAUCUAGUAAGUAGUUUUUUUUAAUACGUCAUAAAAUUAAAAAAAAAAAAAUUUUCAUCACACCCAUACGUGUGGGGUAUCUAUGGAUAGGUCUUCAAAAAUGAUAUUGAGGUUUGUAAUAUCAUUUUUUUCUAAACUGAAUAGUUUGCGCGAGAGACACUUCCAAAGUGGUAAAAUUUUGAACAAGAUCUAGUAAGUAGAUUUUUUUUUAAUACGUCAUAAAUGGUACGGAACCCUUCAUGCGCGAGUCCGACUCGCACUUGACCGCUUUUUUACAUUAUUCAGCAUAGCACCUCUCUAUUACAAUACAAUCAAUUCUCUUUGAUUAUGUUUAGGUAAAUAUUUGUUUCCUUCUUCAUGUACUAGGAAGAUAAUGAUGAUUAAAAAUUUAAACAAACAAAAAUAUUAUAAUAACUGCGCAUUCCAAACAUUACUAAAUUAUGACAAAUUAAAGAGCGUAAAGCGACAAGAAUGUUUUUAAUCUCCAAAGGUAAAACCGUCAGCCAUCACGUAAAUUAAAAGGUUUGUAAGAAUGGCCCUUAGUCGCUCAUUAGGUAAACAUUCCCGGGCCCUUAUCUCGGAGAUAGGCUCGACAUACCGGCACGGCACCUAUUUAAAGGACGACUGGGAUUGUUCAAACAUUUACUGACGCAGCAGCCUUACCUGUCACCAUGCUUGCGAUUAAAUGUGUUCUCCCAUUUCUAAUUGUGUGUUUGGUGCAAGGAGUUUAUUGCAAACCAACAAGUAAUGAGCUAACCGAGGGCCGCGGGGUUGGUUCAACGAUUUGGGGAUGGAUCACGUAUCCCUUCACGGGAUGGUGGGGCUCUUCAGACACCGAGGCUCCGCCCCAAGCCGAUCUCCUCAACGGCUCGACCACCAUCGGCCCGUACGACAACAUCGAGAUCGCGUCUCGAAACCUCACGAUUUGGUGCAACGACCACACCUGCACUACUAUGAAAUGCGACAAAACGGCAUGUGUGAAUGUUACGUGUAACAUUUAUGAUACAUAUGUCACGGGGCAAUGUCGAGAGUACAACAUGGGCUUGAAGCCAGAGGAGCCGAAGCCAUCGCUACCCACCGAACCCGCCCCUACUUCGACCUCUCUAGCGGUUGCCGCGGUUCCAGAGUCGUCAACCGCGCCCAUAAUGGCAAUCCAAACCGAAGAACCAGCGGAACACCCGUUAGAGCUGGAAGCUGUACUAUCUUCCACAGUCACCAAGGGGAACCCUGACGUACCGCCUCCGAAAGAGAAAGAGGGCCAAUCUAGUCCUCAAAAUAAGAUCUAAACUCAACCACAACAGAAGAUUCCGAAGCAUCAUCAACUUUGAUUCUAGCAGUAAAAGACUUGUUCAGCAGCUACGCUCAUUUCGUGAUAGAGCGCUACGCAACGGCUCUCGCAGACAGCCUGAUGACUCGGUUAAACAUCAACUCGCAGUGUGUAGAUGGAACGUGUUACUACGCUUUAUGUGAACAUGACAAUUGUCAAGUGCAGCACUGCCAGUAUCAUUUAGUAACCGGAGCCAAAACUUGCUCUAGCAAACCAUUCGGCCCGCCGACGCCGAGCACGGCGCCCGCUUUGGAAUAUGCCAGCGAUAAUAAAAUUAUUGGUGAUAAUGACGAGGAUAAUAGUAUCAGUUUGUUUGAUAGAAUUUUGAGCUAAUGUCUACGAAAUUGUUAGUGUGUAUAGGCUUGUAUUUUAUUUGACUAUGCAGUGACAAAAAUGUUAACUUCCUCAAUUUAAACACAAUAAAGUAGCAAGUACACUCAGGCAAGUGCAUGAUUAAUUGUUCACUUAUCUUAAGCAUUUUAGAUAACGCAUUUGUUAAAAACGAAAACUUGAAUUAUUAAGAAUGAUAAUGUAAAUUAAGUAUUCAAUGUGUUAAGAGUGAUUAAAUUGUAUUAGACAUUU